CCACAGUGAGAGGGGCUGUGUGGAAUCCAGUGGGAGCUCUGCCACGUCAGCACCUGGAAGCCUUCCUGGGGAAGCAGAUCCGAGCCUCCAGCCACAGCACAGCCCUGGCCUGCCCUCCUUCUGAUGUCCAGGGGAAGCCAGCCCCCGUCCUCUGAAGCCAUGGGCCCCUCCCACUCUGCGGUCCUGUCCAUGACAAAGCUCAGUCUGUGGUGGCUCCUUCUGAUCCCAGCAGGUGAGUGGCCGGCGGGUCAUUGACCCCAACCACUUUCCUUCCCGUCCACAGGGUUGGCACAGCGAGCCCCACAUACCCAAGCUGAGGACCGCCUCUUCAAACACCUCUUUAGGGGCUACAACCGCUGGGCACGGCCAGUGCCCAACACCUCGGACGUGGUGAUCGUGCGCUUCGGGCUGUCUAUUGCCCAGCUCAUCGAUGUGGAUGAGAAGAACCAAAUGAUGACCACCAACGUCUGGCUUAAGCAGGAGUGGAAUGACUACAAGUUGCACUGGAACCCGGCUGAUUUCAGCAACAUCACAUCCCUCCGGGUCCCUUCGGAGAUGAUCUGGAUUCCUGACAUUGUCCUCUACAACAAUGCAGAUGGCGAGUUUGCGGUGACCCACAUGACCAAGGCCCACCUCUUCUCCACGGGCACCGUGCACUGGGUGCCCCCCGCCAUCUACAAGAGCUCCUGCAGCAUCGACGUUACCUUCUUCCCCUUCGACCAGCAGAACUGCAAGAUGAAGUUUGGCUCCUGGACCUACGACAAGGCCAAGAUCGACCUGGAGCAGAUGGAGCCGACGGUGGACCUGAAGGACUACUGGGAGAGCGGCGAGUGGGCCAUCAUCAAGGCCACGGGCACCUACAACACCAAGAAGUAUGACUGCUGUGCCGAGAUCUACCCCGACGUCACCUACUACUUCGUCAUCCGGCGCCUGCCCCUCUUCUACACCAUCAACCUCAUCAUCCCCUGCCUGCUCAUCUCCUGCCUCACCGUGCUCGUCUUCUACCUGCCCUCAGACUGCGGCGAGAAGAUCACGCUCUGCAUCUCCGUACUGCUCUCGCUCACCGUCUUCCUCCUGCUCAUCACCGACAUCAUCCCCUCCACCUCCCUGGUCAUCCCGCUCAUCGGCGAGUACCUGCUCUUCACCAUGAUCUUCGUCACGCUCUCCAUCGUCAUCACGGUCUUUGUCCUCAACGUCCACCACCGCUCCCCCAGCACCCACACGAUGCCCCACUGGGUGCGGGUGGCCUUUCUGGGCUGUGUGCCCCGGUGGCUUCUGAUGAACCGGCCCCUGCCCUCCCUGGAGCCCCAUGACCCCCCAGAUCUGAAGCCCAGCUCCUCUUGCCACUGGCUGGAGACUAACGUGGAUGCGGAGGAGAGGGAAGAGGAAGAGGAGGAAGAAGACAGAUGGGUGUGGGCGGCUCAGUCGUCCCCCUCCCUGGGUGUCCUCUGCAGCCAUGGUGGUCUGCACCAAGGGGCCUCAGGUCCCAAGGCGGAGGCCGGGUUGCAGGAGGGUGGGCUUCUGCUGUCACCUCGCAUACAGAAGGCACUGGAAGGUGUGCACUAUAUUGCUGAUCACCUGCGAUCUGAGGAUGCUGACUCUUCGGUGAAGGAAGACUGGAAGUAUGUGGCCAUGGUCAUUGAUAGGAUAUUCCUCUGGUUGUUUGUCAUCGUCUGCUUUCUGGGGACCAUUGGACUCUUUCUUCCUCCGUUCCUGGCUGGGAUGAUCUGACUUCCUGUCCCUUGCUUUCA